AUGGGAAUGGUCAGUUUCGCGGUAGCUCUGAUGGUGACACUGGUGAUAAUGUCUCACUGCAUCUAUGGAAGAGAGUUCUAUGAUGACCAGGAAAUCAAAGUACAACAACUUUUGAAGCAACUCAACAAGCCUGCUCUUAAAUCCAUUAAGAGUGAAGAUGGAGAUAUAAUAGAUUGUGUUCCAUUAACUAGUCAACCAGCUUUUGACAAUCCACUACUUAAAAACCAUACCAUCCAGAUGAGACCAAGUUUUAUACCAGAAAGUGAUUCUACGUACACCAAUAAAAAGGCAGAGGCUAUAACUCAGGUGUGGCACAAGAAUGGAGAGUACUGCCCGGAAAACACUAUUCCGAUAAGAAGAACAAAGAAAGAAGAUAUCUUACGAGCGGAAUCCAUUGAGAGGUUUGGUAAAAAGACUCCACCAGGCAUCCUUGAAGUUACAGCCUCAGGUCACCAUGAGUACGCGAUAGCGGGUGCGACGGGUGGAAAGUUUUUUGGAACAAAAGCCUCGAUAAAUAUAUGGAAACCAUCUGUAGCUCACAAUGAUGAAUUUAGCUUGGCUCAGACUUGGCUUGUAUCUGGAGAUGGCGGUAGUCUUAACACCAUUGAAGCUGGUUGGCAGGUUUAUCCACAAAUCUAUGGUCAUAAUAAUCCGACAUUAUUUAUUUACUGGACGAGGGAUGGAUACCAAACAACAGGAUGCUACAAUCUUGCUUGCAGUGGUUUUGUUCAGACGAACAAACAAUACAGCGUUGGUGCAGCCUACACUACCUUCUCGCAAUACAACGGAAUUCAGUACGCUCUCAACUUACUUAUAUGGAAGGACAAGCCAACAGGAAACUGGUGGCUACGGAUCAAUGAAGAUGUUUAUAUGGGGUACUGGCCUGGCUCAUUGUUCACUUCUCUUGGAAGUGGAGCAACAAGAAAUGAAUGGGGAGGGGAAGUCUAUGUGCGUGACGGUGUGCACUCAACCACGGAUAUGGGAAGCGGGCAUUUCGCAGUUGAAGGGUACGGGAAAGCAAGCUACAUCAGGAAUCUUAAGACGGUUGAUGCGACAAAUACUCUGAGAGACCCAGCGGGACUUUACUCAUUUGCUACUAAUAGUAACUGUUACAGUUAUCAGAAAGGAAGUAACGGAACAACGUUUGGGAGUCAUUUCUAUUAUGGUGGUCCUGGUAAAAACGGUAAUUGCCCUUGA